ACCCCGCAGGAAGACCAAGACGUUGAUGAAGAAAGACAAAUACCCGCUGGCUUCGGGUCUCCUACCCGCGGACCCGACCCGGCCCCCGGUCCAGCAGGUGACCCGGGACAUGCGGGACAUGUACAACAUGACCAAUGGCUAUAUGCCCAAUGGCGAUUAUAGCGACUACGGUGAGUGGAGCAACAAGAGAGAUGGGUUUUUGUACACCAGUACGCCCACCUGGGCGGGUGGUACGCCCACCUGGGCGGGUGAAACGCCCACAUCUCACAGUAAACAGACCUGUUGUUAUUACUCAUCAGGAACCAAUUUUUACUGUGGUUGCUUAGCAGGGUACAGCUACGACAGCGCCGCCUACGGAGGUCAGAGUUACCCCUACAUGACGGGCCAGAUGUAUGGAGGCUACGACAUGACUAGGGGGUACUCCCCCACAUCCAGCACGCCCUCCUAUAUGAACGGGUCUUACAGUCCAGCUAUGUAUGCCUCCGCACCUUCCCCCUAUUCUAUGAGCCAGAUGGCGUCAAUGGCGUCCGUGGGUUCGGUGGGUUCCGUAGGGUCGUCAGCUUCCCACUCUCCCACGCCCAUUAAAUCUGAGACGCCCACACUGCCCGUGUCCUCACCAGGGGCCACCAUGCCGCCCUCAGCCACCCACACCUCUGCAGGAGAAUAUCAAAGUGUGAUGAAGCGAGAGUAUGGCGCGGCGGGCCCCGGCCAGCAGGACUUGUCACAGAUGAUAUCUAUGUAUCUUCCGGGGUCCCAAGAACGCCACGAGCAGCAAAAGGCCGUCGCCGCCGCCGCCUACAUGUCCCACGCCCACUAUCACGCCCACGGCGCCGCUUCCCCCGACCAGAUGCCGCCCGCGCCUAUGCCACUCGCCCAUAUGUAAAGCCAAGCCACCAGUGACGCCCGGAGCUUACUUUGCGAGGGGGCGGGAGGGGGUGUUAGCCACAGGGGUGGGGAGUGGUGACCAACCGCCCUUCCCCCCCUUUUAUUCUCCUCCUCUCUCCCCCCUCCCUCCCUCACCCCACCUCUCUCCCCCUUACUAAGGGGUGAUGUUCAUCAACCCGCCCACGGCCGCCCACGUCGCAGUCCCAUGCUGCCUAGCAGAUGACCACCCACACGCCUACCAUGCCCAACACCCGCCGAUCAAUCGACGCCAUCUGUGCAGCAACUCAACCCUCAAGAACAUUCGCCUCUCAUCAUCUUAGAAGCGAAGAGACACCAUGUCCUCCCCACCACAGCUCUCAUGAGUUCGAAACAUGGUCGGACAAGCGUACCCAGACACCCCUCUAAAGAGUCUUUGAGUCUUGGAAGUAAUAGCCAUAUAGGCUCCAGAUUUCACCUAAGUGUCUCUAGGGUCCUGUAUAUCGUCUUAUAUAUUGGAAGAAUCACGAGGAGCAAAGAGGGGUCGAGUCGGCCGCGCAUAUAUAAAGCCCAGUGGUCCUAUACAUAGUCCCUAUAGUGGGUCCAGGGGUGAAUCGAUGGCUAUUAAUGAUCCGGUGGUCCGAGUUUUCGUCCAACGGGGCUUGGCCGGAUAUAUGUACUGCCGGCGUGACUCUGAGGCUCACGUGUGUGUGUAAUCCACCACCAGGCCGGGCGUGAGCCGGCGGUUGGAUUCAGCCGUUAUCCAAAGGGUUCGGGCUUGAUCCAGAGGUGAUCGGGGGUUACAGUAAUUCAGGCUUGAGCCAUGAUUCCUGUAAGGGGUUCAGCCGCUAACAAAACGUAUUCCAGCAGUCCGAAAAAUGGUACAAUGUUUCAGGUAUACCCUGUAAGUCGACAGCGGUCCAUGUGUGGCCCAGAGGUCCUGUAGCGGUCCAUGUGUUGGCCCAGAGGUCCUACAGCGGUCCACGUGAUGUUCAGUGAUCCUACAGCGGUCCAUGUGUUGGCCCAGAGGUCCUACAGCGGUCCACGUGAUGUUCAGUGAUCCUACAGCGGUCCAUGUGUUGGCCCAGAGGUCCUACAGCGGUCCACGUGAUGUUCAGUGGUCCUACAGCGGUCCAAGUGUUACUCAAAACAGCCUAGCUGUGGUCCAGCGCUGGUCCAAUGAACCGGAAAUAAUCCAGUUGUCGCAGAUUUGGGCCAACGCUUCAGCCAUGAACCAGAAAGUUGGGUUCACACCUAAACGUGAGUUUAGGUGUCCAGGUGUUGGUCCAACGCUCCAAAUACUGGUCGAGCGGUUCACAGGUUGGCCCAGCGAUGAAGCCUUUGUCCCCCCCCCCCCAGCCGUUAAAUCGUCGGUCCAACGGUCCCAACUGUUGUUCCAGCGGUUAAAUCAUUGUGUAUCCAACGGUUCAGUCCUUGUUCCAACGGUCCAAUCGCUGGUUCGCCGUUCCGUUGGUCCAGAGGUCUAUAAGCCAAGAACCAAUCCAGUGGUUCCUGCGCCCCCCCCACCCCCCCACCCGACACCGAAGCGGGCAACAGAACAGGACUCUAAAAAAAUAAGAAAAUUAACAAAAAACAUAACAUGUGAUAAUCGCAUAAAGUUAAUGUUACGAGUAAAUAUUAAUAAUUUUAACAGUGAAUUUACAAUGAAAAUCACACAAAAAAAAAGAAUGUUUUUUUGUUUGUUUUUUUGCGGAAAGUGUGUAAGGAAAAUAACCUGAACAGUGUUAAAUGCCACUAUUUAUACUGAGGUUUGUUUGUUUGUUUGUGUGUGUGUGUGUGUGUGUGUGUGUGUGUGUGUGUGUGUGUGUGUGUGUGUGUG